CCUUAAUUCAUCAGUGAAAUGAAUCUAGAGCGAACAUGAGAAUUGAAUAGUGCUCUUUGGUACGACGUUGCAGACCUGGUUGUUCUAUUGGUCAGCUCUCUCUGGGCGAUCAUAGAAAAUAUUUCCACCUAGUUUGAAUGGAAUGGAAUGGCAAGUACUGGAACGGUGUACUCCUGGAGGAAGUGGACGACGAGGGAGAGUUAAAUUAUCCAGACUGGAAGUCCAAUCUGACAAUCGUCGAACUUCCAACCGAGUGCAUUUUGAAGAUAUUUUCGUAUCUCUCGAUUCCCGAAAAAUUCAGUCUCGAAGAUGUGUGUCUCAGGUGGAGAGAAAUAAGUGAAAAUGGAUGGCCAGACGUUAAAAGACUUUUCAUAAGAUCGACUUAUCCUCGAUUCACCGCUGCCGAGAUCGAGAUAAUUUUCAGACGAUGUGGGAGGUUUCUUAAAUCUAUGAGGAUCGACCUGGAGGACGAGAGGACUAACUACUUGCAUUUCAUCCAAAAAUACUGCAGAAACCUGAAAGAACUUGAGAUAGAUUUCGUGCAGAUCAAUUGGCGGACGAUAGUGACUCUUUAUUAUGUGGAUUAUUUCUCAAGGGUUUACGAGACCUGUAGGGAUCUCCGGUCUAUUAAAAUAUUGUCUCUCAAGUCUAAUUUUACUGAUGCUUAUGUCAUGAAUUUGCGAUGCGAAAUUGUGGAGACAAUUCACUUGACCGUUGGAGCACAUGGCGUGCAUUUUUCUCUGAAUUUAUCGAGAUUCAGAAAUCUGCGCUGUCUGAAUCUCGAGAGGUUCAUUAUUGAAGAAAAUAGUUUGGGAGGAUUUGACCGGUUGCAGCAUUUGGAGGAAUUAUAUUUUUCAUUCUGCAAUGUUCAUGUGAGUUAUAUAGAGAGUAUCAGGAAAUUUAAGAAACUGGAGAAAUUGUGGAUGAAUGGAACAAUCAGUGAGAUUCGAGAUGAUCAUCUGUCGAUGAUCGUCAGUCAUUGCAAGAGACUGAAAAUUCUCAAUGUGGACGGUCUUCGGGGAUUAACGGAUCGUUGCUUCCGGGACGUAUCGCAAUUGCCGAUUCUCGAGGAAUUACACAUGAUGAAUCUAUCCCGAGUGACUGAUGAUUCUAUAGCGAAUAUGAAAACAUUGAAGACCCUGAGCUGUCCUCAGUGCCCAGGAAUCGGUAACGAUGGACUGAAACGAUUGAUCCAGGGCGCCCCAAAUCUACGGUUUCUAUCUGCACGACGAACAUCGGUAAACAAAAAUUUUCUAACUGACGCUAAUGAGGCGAUACAAUCUCGUCAGAGCGACGUGGAACUGUUUCUUGAUCUCGGGGCUGAGGCUUACACAUGGCAGGUGCCAACAAAUUUCUCUUCACUCUUAAUUUUGGAAGGAAGCACGAAGUAAAUACAGACGGGGGGCAAUGCAAAUAUUUGUUUUGAUAACAAAACAGACAGACAGUGAUAAAAGAAUUACAAAUAAAAUUUCAAACCAACAUCAACACUUUCCACAAUCACUCAAUUAUAUCAACCUUUUCAUUAUUUUAUCCGCAGAAUAAGCAUUCUCGAAGGUAAACAAAUAUUUAGUAAAAUUAUCACGGAAAAUUGUGUAAGAUUAUAUUUGUUGUGAAUUCAUUUUACAUUUUAGCGUUAUAAGAUUCACAAAUAAAUUCACUGUCAUUAAAUUUCGCUGUUUAAUCGUUCAAACAGGCAAUCGCGCUGUUUCACUAGUGAGAAA